AAGGGAGAGGAGUGGGCGGUGGCAGCCAAAUCCUACGCAAAAACCACCUCGAACAUCAGCAGUCCCGUGAUCGGCAAGAUGCUGCAAGGAAUAAACGCCAUGCAUCCCCUUGCCGAGGCGACCGCCAUCCUGGACAAUGGUAGCGGGCCGGGCUCCAUCAUGUCGACAAUCAUCUCCCAAUACGGCAGCGAGAUACCGUUUGACUGCAAGCUCUCCUGCACCGACUAUGCAGAGAGCAUGAUUGAUGCCGUCCGCACCACCCAGUCUGCCGAAGUGAGCAAGGAUCCUUCCUCGCCAUGGAAGCGCGUCGACACGACCGUGAUGGACUCUACAGACCUCAGUCCCAUCUCCGACAGCUCCAUCAGCCACGUAUUGGCGGGCUGGGUUUUCUUCCUUACCAGUAACCCACAAAAGUGUCUGACUGAAAGCCUGCGGGUGCUGAAACCAGACGGGGCCCUCACGGUCUCAUCGUGGGACGGCCAGAUGCAAUGGCUGCAGUUGAUGCGUUUGGCAGCAAAAAUCCGGCCUGACAAGGAAUUCCCCACCCUGCCUGAGGCGUGGACCAACACGUCAGGCGUGCGCAACGAGCUGGAGAAAGCCGGAUUUCGCGAGGUUGAGGCUUUUGAGGUCGCCACCUCCUGGCCGUUCGAAUCACACGAGACCGUGGGAGACACUGUCCUCACGAAUACGCCGCAGAUGGUGUCGCUGCUCAAAGACUUUUCCGAGAAGGAGAGGGAGGACUUGAGAAAUUUGGUGAUUGAGGAGUGCAAGAAGAUGGCGCCGAGCAAGCCGUAUGCGCUGAAAGGUGUUUCCAUAGUGGGGAUUGGACGGAAGUGAGCGCCUUCAGUAAUUCAGUAAUAUUCUCGUAAUAUUCUCGAGCCAUCGUGUGCGGUCGGUCUUGUCCUUCUGUCAGUGUUCGUUGUGAUCGGCUUCCGUUUCUGUCCACGAUGGAAACUUCAGCGAGAGGCUUCAGCCUUAUG